AUGGGAAAAUCACCAGCAGCACAGGACAUAGACCCUCACAUCAGCGACGCAGACAUUGAGACAAAAGCCGCGGCCGUUGAAGUCGUAGAAUCAUCCUUUACUCCCACCGAAACCAAGCGGUUACUUCGCAAACUCGAUUGGACAUUACUACCUUUCUUAUCAUUGCUUUAUCUCUUAUCAUUCCUGGAUCGUGCGAAUAUUGGAAAUGCCAAGUUAGCUGGGCUGGAAAGUGAUUUGCAAAUGACAGGCAAGUAUGACUAUAACAUUGUCGUUUCCAUCUUCUAUCCGCUCUACGUGGCGGUCGAAAUCCCAUCGAACCUUGCCAUGAAGAGGUUCAGACCGUCCGUCUGGAUUCCCAGCAUCAUGGUCGUCUGGGGAGGAAUAAGCAUAGUUAUGGGUGUUGUCAAGACUUUCCCUGGUUUACUGGCGGCACGAGCGGCGCUAGGCUUAGCAGAGGGCGGAUUAUUUCCCGGCAUUGCAUACUUCAUUAGUUUGUGGUAUCGCAGACACGAAUGCGCUCUCCGCGUGGCCAUCUUCUUCUCUGCUGCAACGGCAGCUGGCGCAUUCGGCGGUCUUUUGGCCCGUGGUAUAAUGGAGAUGAAAGGACUUGGUGGUCUCAAUGGGUGGGCGUGGAUCUUUAUCAUCGAGGGUAUCAUUACCGUCGUUAUCGCAAUUAUGGCCUACUUUGUACUGCAUGAUUACCCCUCCACCGCCAAAUUCCUCGCACCUGACGAGAAAGCGGAAGUUGUUCGCCGCCUCAAACAAGACCAGCCUGUGCUUUCGGACCAAUUUAAGCGGCAAUUUAUCAUAGAUGCCCUCAAGGAGUGGAAGAUUUACGUUCAGAUGAUCAUCUUCUUUAGUCUUGUUACCCCUCUUUAUAGUGUGUCGAUUUUCCUGCCCACUAUUAUUAAGAGUCUGGGGUAUGCAAACGAGAAUGCGCAGCUAAUGAGUGCGCCGCCCUACAUUGCGGCUUGUUUGUGUACCUUGUUCGCGGGGUAUUGGUCUGACAAGCAGGGCCAUAGAGGCGUCUAUAUCGUCUUCUUUUGUGCUAUUGGCGCUGUGGGAUUCGCGAUACUGGCUGCCGUUCAGAGCAAUGGUGCCAAGUAUUUCGCCUGUUUCCUCGUGGCGGUCGGAACGUAUCCAAACGUUCCGCUGACCGUGGCGUGGAAUAGCAAUAACAUUGGCGGCUCGGUGAAGCGUGGUGUGGGCAUUGCCAUGGUUGUUGGGUCCGGAAACUUGGGAGGUGCCGUAUCAGGCUUCAUGUUCCGCAAGGACGAUGCGCCCCGGUAUCUCUCUGCCUAUCUUACCCUCGUCGGCAUGAUGACCCUCACCAGCGCUUGCUCCGCCUUUCUAACAUGGUAUCUACGGAAGGAGAACGCAAGUCGGGAUGCGGAGUACAAGGCACCAGAUGAGUACACGAUUGAGGAGAAGAUGCAAGAGAGUGACAAGGGGGACAAUGCUACGUUUUUUAGAUAUACUGUGUAG